AUGACCAAGAUCAAGAGCAACACCAAGAAACGACCGUUAAUUACUGACUACUUUAGCAUGUCUGCUAAAAGAAGAAAAGAAACAACUGACAAUGAGCAAGCCAAGACCGUUGAAGCAAGGCCGAAUUCGAAUCAAGUUUUGCAGGAAAAUACCCCAUCUUCCAUCGACGAAGAACCUUUAGCCACCACGGACACCCUCGACAAGGAACAAGAUGACGUUAUUUGCAAGAGAUACAACUUCAACAAGAGUCACUGGAUCAAAAGCCUCUCUGCUGACCAAAGACAACUACUCCAAUUGGAAAUCGACACUUUGGAAACUACGUGGCUCGCGGCACUCCACCAGGAACUAACCAAACCGUACUUUCUCAAACUCAAGCAGUUUCUCGCGGCUCAAUACGCUCAGCAAAAGACGAUAUUCCCACCGCCAGAGAAGAUCUACUCCUGGUCUCACCUAACCCCCCUACCGCGUGUUAAAUGCUUGAUCUUGGGACAAGACCCCUACCACAACCAUAAGCAGGCGCACGGGCUUGCGUUUUCGGUGCAAGAGCCAACCAAGCCGCCACCGUCGCUCGUCAACAUCUACAAAACACUAGCCAUCGACUUUCCUGGCGAGUUCAAGACAAUCCCCAAGCUGGGCGACUUGACGAAAUGGGCUCAGCAGGGCGGGGUCUUGAUGUUGAAUGCCGUCUUGACGGUCGAGGCUCACAAGGCCAAUCUGCACGCCAGACAGGGAUGGGAGAGUUUUACCGAAGAGGUGAUCAGACAGGCCCUACUCUUCAACAGUGACGGUGACGAUGCAAAUGCGGGGUUUGUGAUUAUGGCGUGGGGCCUGCCGGCGCAGAAACGAGUUGAGAAAUUUGCCACCUUGUUGAGCUGCGCACGCGACAGGUUCUUGCUCGUCAAGUGUGUCCACCCGAGUCCCCUCUCGGCACACCGCGGCUUCUUCACCCUGGGCUGUUUCAAAGCGUGCAACGACUGGUUGGUUUCGCGAGGCAGGGGCGCCAUCGAUUGGACCUUGGCCGAUGACGAAGCUGGAACCAAAAAAUAA